UGCCGCCGCCGCCGCGGGUCCUGCGCCGCGUCCAACCCGCCCCGCCGACCCCGGCACGACCCCGCCGGCCCCGCCCGUCAGGCCCCGGGGAGGGAUGCGGCGGCGCGGCGCCCAGGAUGCCCCGCAGCCCCGGGACGCGCCUCAAACCCGCCAAGUACAUCCCCGUGGCUACUGCCGCCGCGCUGUUGGUCGGCUCCAGCACCCUGUUCUUCGUGUUCACGUGCCCGUGGUUGACACGUGCUGUGUCCCCAGCCGUGCCCGUCUACAAUGGCAUCAUCUUCCUCUUCGUCCUGGCCAACUUCAGCAUGGCCACCUUCAUGGACCCUGGCGUCUUCCCCCGAGCGGAUGAGGACGAGGACAAGGACGACGACUUCCGGGCCCCGCUGUACAAGAACGUGGAUGUGCGGGGCAUCCAGGUCCGCAUGAAGUGGUGUGCCACCUGCCACUUCUACCGCCCACCGCGCUGCUCCCACUGCAGCGUCUGCGACAACUGCGUCGAGGACUUUGACCACCACUGCCCCUGGGUCAACAACUGCAUCGGGCGCCGCAACUACCGCUACUUCUUCCUGUUCCUGCUGUCACUCAGCGCCCACAUGGUGGGCGUCGUCGCCUUCGGCCUGGUCUACGUGCUGAACCACGCCGAGGGGCUGGGAGCUGCCCACACCACCAUCACCAUGGCCGUCAUGUGCGUGGCCGGCCUCUUCUUCAUCCCUGUCAUCGGCCUCACGGGCUUCCACGUGGUGCUGGUCACGCGGGGGCGCACUACCAACGAGCAGGUGACGGGGAAGUUUCGUGGGGGCGUGAAUCCUUUCACCCGAGGCUGCUAUGGGAACGUGGAGCACGUGCUGUGCAGCCCCCUGGCUCCCCGGUAUGUGGUGGAGCCGCCCCGGCUGCCGCUUGCCGCUCGCCUGAAGCCACCCUUCCUUCGGCCCGAACUCCUGGAUCGAGCUCCCCCGCUCAAGGUCAAGCUUAGUGACAAUGGGCUGAAGGCUGGCCUGGGCCGAAGCAAGUCCAAGGGCAGCCUGGACCGGCUGGAUGAGAAGCCACUGGACCUGGGGCCGCCACUGCCCCCCAAGUCGGAGGCCGGCACGUUUGGCGGUGACCGGCAGACCCCACGCCCAGGCAGUGCUGAGAGCGCCCUGUCGGCACAGAGGACCAGCCCCCCGACGCCCGCCAUGUACAAGUUCCGGCCUGCCUUUCCCACGGGUCCCAAAGCGCCUUUCUGUGGACCAGGCGAGCAGGUCUCAGGCCCUGACUCCCUGACUCUGGGGGAGGACAGCAUCCACAGCCUGGACUUCACGUCGGAGCCCAGCCUGGACCUCCCCGACUACACCCCUGGGGGUCUGCACACCACCUACUCGCCAUCCCCGCCGCUCAGCGCCGCUGACACCUUCUCCGGGGCCCUGCGAUCCCUGAGCCUCAAGGCGGCAGGCCGGCGGGGCGGGGACCACAUGGCCCUCCAGCCCCUGCGCUCUGAGGGUGGGCCCCCAACGCCCCACCGCAGCAUCUUCGCCCCCCACGCGCUGCCCAACCGCAACGGCAGCCUGUCCUAUGACAGCCUGCUCAACCCCGCCUCGCCCGGUGGCCACGCGUGCCCCGCCCACCCCUCAGCCGGCGUGGCCGGCUACCGCUCGCCCUACCUGCACCCUGGGGCUGCGGGUGACCCCCCGCGGCCCCCACCCCGCAGCUUCAGCCCCGUGCUGGGCCCCCGGCCCAGGGAGCCCUCGCCUGUGCGUUACGACAACCUGUCCAGGACCAUCAUGGCCUCCAUCCAGGAGCGCAAGGAUAGGGAGGAGCGGGAGCGGCUGCUGCGCUCUCAGGCCGACUCGCUCUUCGGCGACUCGGGCGUCUACGACGCCCCCAGCUCCUACAGCCUGCAGCAGGCCAGCGUGCUGUCCGAGGGCGCCCGAGGCCCCGUGCUGCGCUACGGCUCCAGAGACGACCUGGUGGCCGGACCCGGCUUCGGAGGCGCCCGCAACCCCGCCCUGCAGACGUCGAUGUCCUCGUUGUCGAGCGCAGUGAGCCGGGCGCCGAGGACCUCCUCCUCCUCCCUGCAGGCAGACCUGGUCAACAACAACGCCCCCGGACCCCGGCCGGGGAGUGGCUCCCACCGGUCUCCCCUGCGCCAGGGCCCCCCCUCCCCGCCCAGCACUCCCCGCUCGCCCGCCUACAUGGGCCCCAAAGCCGUUGCCUUCAUCCACUCGGACCUCCCGGAACCACCGCCCUCGCUGGCCGUGCAGAGGGGGCGGAUCGGCACUUAUAGCCAUGGAUGGGGGCGUCGUGGCCUGUCCAGGGUGCCCCCCGGCCUGCACCUGUGCCACCUUGGCCUCCCUGAGGACCGCCCACUGCUGCAGGUCCCCUGGAGCCCAGCUGCUGGGGUGCUCCCCCGAGGAGCUGUGUGCCGCCUGCACAUGGCUGCCUCCAGCCUUUUCCCCGGCCUCUCGGGGCCCGAGCGGGACGCCAAGUAGGCAUCUGUGGGCUGGUUGGGAGGCCAGGCGGCCACGGACCCCGGGGGUGUGGGCUGAAGGGCCAAACCUUGACUGACUCCCCGCCCACCGGGGUCCGUGACCAUGUGCCCGCCCACCUCAGGAAGUUCCCAUCUGCUGCAGGGGGUC